AUGUCUUUUCUUUUCUCUUCAACUCUCUUUCAUACGGUAAAAAUAAGAGGUUCAUCUAUCUAUCUAUCUAUCUAUCAUUUUUCUUUUUCUGCAUAUAUAUCUAUGUAUUUGUCUAUAAAUUUCCUUAUUUUAUUGGUGUAUCUAUAUAUCACUUUUAUUUUAUCAGUAUUUAUAUUUAUUUAUAUAUCACUUUUCUUAUUUUCUCUAUGUAUGUAUCUGUGCAUGUAUCUAUCAAUCUAUCAUAUUUUAUUGAUCUAUCUAUCUAUCUAUCUAUCUAUCUAUCUAUCUAUCACUUUUCUUAUUUUCUCUAUCCAUCUAUUUAUCUAUCACUUUCCUUAUUUUUUCUGCAUAUCUAUCUAUCUACCUAUCUAUCUAUCUAUCUAUCACCUUUCGUAUCUUCUAGAUAUAUUUAUCUAUCCUUAUUUUCUCGGUAUAUCUAUCUUUUGCUUUUCUUAUUUCCUUGGUAUAUCAAUUUAUCCAUCUAGCACUUUUAUUAUUUCCUCUUUAUCUAUCACUUUUCUUGAUCUAUCUAUCUAUCUAUCUAUCUAUCUAUCACUUUCCUUAUUUUCACUGCAUAUCUAUCUAUCUAUCUAUCUAUCUAUCUAUCUAUCUAUCACUUUCCUUAUUUUUCACAAAAUAUCUAUCUAUCUAUCUAUCUAUCUAUCUAUCUAUCUAUCUAUCUAUCUAUCUAUCAUUUUCUUAUUUUUUCGGUAUAUCUAG